AUGCGCCACCCCCUCCUCGUCAACGGCCAAGUUCAAGUCCUAGGCCAAACCCUCAACAGCGUAAUCUACGCCGUAGCAACCGACAAUCCCACUACCCAUCUCGCCAAAGACAGCCCCACAGUCCUGAAAGGCGGCACCGUCUGGUACGAAGGCCGCGAAGCCCUCGGCCCGAACAAGCCGGCGGACGAAACCGACACGGUGCUACGCAAAGAAGCAGCCAUGUAUACCGCGCUGGGACCCCGCCCGCGUAUCCUCCGGUUUGUGGCGCUUGAAGAGGCUGUUCUUCCGGGCGGGGGGAUCGACGAUCCUAGAAGCGUUGGUGAGGGUGAGGGUGAGGUGAGGAAGAAGAAGGCGUGGGGGUUAAGGUUGGAGAGGGCAUCGGUGGGUGGGAGUAUAAGGGAACGGAUUCGGGGCACGGCUGUCUUGAAGCAGCUGCCGGCGCCGGCGCCGGCGCCGGAUGUAUUGACCCGGCUGACCCCGGCGGCGCAGUUCGCGGAGGGCGUGGCGCAUAUUCAUGCAUGUGGGAUUAUAUGGGGGGAUUUGUCGACGCGAAAUGCGCUUUGGUUUGAUGAUGGCGUUGAGAGUGGUAGUGGAAAGGGUACAAAAGGGCUGCUGAAACUCUGCGAUUUCGCCGAUUCCGAGUUCUUCGCGGACUACUCAACCGAGUGGUACGAUUGCGAAUCGAGGUACUGCCGGCCGGGGUCCACGCGGCCGCACCGGCAGCAGCCGCCGGGACAGACGCUGGAGUGGGAGAUCUCGGCGCUGGGGAGCGCGGUGUACGAGAUAGUGUAG